AUGAGUUCACAAGUUGAUCAAAGAUCAUCUUCACCACCUUUUAAAAAACAAAGGUUAGAUUCAUUAACUCAUUCAUUUACAAAUACAAAUAAUUCAAACAACAACGUCGGUGAUAAUAAAAUUAAUUUUCAAGUCAAGAAUGAUCAACCUAAAGAAUCAGUGGUUCCCGAUAUCAUUUUAAUAAGUGAUGAUGAAGAUGAAAAACCUUCAAGUUCUGAAGAACCAAUAAUAACUAAAAUGGAAAAUAAUGUUCCUGAAAUUGAAAAUAAUGUUAACAAAAAUGAAAAUGAUAUAACAACAGUAGAUGAUGAAAGCGACGAUGAUGAUGAAAUUGUCAUAUUAAGUGAAAAUGAUGUUAAAAGUGUUGAUUUUAAACCUUCAUCGUUUAAUUCAUCAAGUUCUCAACAACAACAACAACAACCUGGAUCACAACCACAAUCACAACCACUAUCACAACCUGGAUUACAACAACAACCACAAACAAAUCAACAACAACCACAACAACAACAACAACAGCAACCAAAUAAUUCUCAAAUACCACCACAACCAAUACCACUUAUUCCCGGAUCAUUUAAUCAGCCUGCUCCUGUACCACAUGUGACAGAUAAUUUACAAAAUAUUUCUCAAGCUGAAUUAAAGGCAAGAGAAAAUGAUAAAACUAAUCAAAUUGCUCAUUUAGAAAAAAUGAAAAAAACUAUAACAGGUCAAAUUCAAACCCAAACUCAAUUAUUUGAAAAGGAAAAUGAUAAGAUGAAACAAUUAAAUCUUAAAUUAAAUCAUUUUAUGGGAUUAGGUAAUCAUGACGCUGUAGCCAAAAUCAGAAGAGUUAUUACUGUUGUGCAAAGAGCAAUGAAUGGUCCAAGAAAUAAUAUAAAUCAUUUACAACUGACAUUAAAUAAUGUUGAAAAAGCUAUUGUAGAUCAUAGAAAUGCAUUAAGUUUAAUAAUGGCAAAAUUAAGAGAUUUCGGACAUGUUUUGAAUGCCGCAAUAAAUCCUUAUGCUGCUCAAAUUGUUAAUGAUAUGGCAAAUAAUCCAGAACCUAAUGUUGCAAUUCAAGAUUUAUUAAAUGAAAUUCAUUCAGAAGAAAAUUUAGAAAAAGAAGGAUUAGCAAAUACACCAAUGGAAAUGAGUGUCAAUUUAUUAAAGCAUCAAAGAAUUGGGUUAACCUGGUUAUUAAAAAGAGAAGAUCCAAAAAGUAAAUCUAAAGGAGGAGUUUUAGCUGAUGAUAUGGGAUUAGGUAAAACUAUUCAAACAUUGGCAUUAAUUGUUGCAAAUAAAUCAAAUGAUCCAAAUUGUAAAACUACAUUGAUAAUUGCACCUGUAUCUUUGUUAAGACAAUGGGCUGCUGAAAUUCAAUCAAAAUUAAAACCUGCUCAUAGUUUAAAAGUUGGAAUUUAUCAUGGUGAUGAAAAAAAACAAAUGGUUACUUUUAGCUCCAUGAAGAAGUUCGAUGUUAUUUUAACAUCGUAUGGUACCUUAGCUUCAGAAUGGAAAAGACAUUAUGCAAAAGAAUUGAAAGCAAAUGUUGAAGGUAAAGGUUAUAUUCCAAGAAAUAAUGAUGGUGGUAAAACAUAUGACUCGCCAUUUUUUUCAAAAACUUCAUCUUUUUAUAGAAUUGUUUUGGAUGAAGCUCAAAAUAUAAAAAACAAGUUUGCUAUUGCUUCAAGAGCUGUCACUAAUUUAAAAGCUGAAUUUAGAUUUUGUUUAUCGGGAACUCCUAUGCAAAAUAAAAUUGAUGAAUUGUAUCCUAUACUUAGAUUUUUAAAAUUAAGACCAUAUUGUGAUGAAACAAAAUUUAGAGCAGAUAUUUCAAAUAGUUUAAAAUCAAAAUCUGAUAAUUAUGAUGAUUUUGAUAGAACUCAAUCUAUGCGUAAAUUAAGAGCUUUAUUAAGUUCAAUGUUAUUAAGAAGAAAUAAAAAUUCAAAAAUUGAUGGUGAACCAAUAUUAAAUUUACCUGAAAAGCAUUUAAUAUCAGAUUUUGUUAAUUUAGAAAGUGAUGAAUGGAAUUAUUAUAAAAGUGUUGAAACAGGAAUUCAAAGAAAAGUUCGUAAAAUGAUACAAGAUAAUGAUCGUAAAAAUGCUUUAGUUUUAUUAUUAAGAUUAAGACAAGCUUGUAUUCAUUCUUAUUUAGUGGAAAUAAGUCAAAUCAAAGCUCAAAUGAAAAAAAAAAAUUUAAUUAAAGCUCAUUGGAAAAAUCAAUUAGCUAAUGCAAUGGAAUUAAGUGAUGAAAUUGUUGCUUCAAUUUUACUUAAAGGUCUUGGAGAUUUAGCUUGUCCAAUAUGUUUAGAUAUGAUGGAUGAAGGAAUGGCUGUUUUUAAAGAAUGUGGUCAUAUAAUCUGUCAAGAUUGUAUUGAUACUUUUAUGGAUGAUCAAUUAGAAGAUGAAGAUUCAUCAGGUAGAAUUGCUAAAUGUAAAGAAUGUCAUACUAAUGUUAAAGAAUCAAAAUUAUUUGAUUUUGAAAUUUUUGAAAAACUUUAUGUUGAAAAAUUAAGUAAAGAAGAAAUUGAAAAAUAUUUCAGUGAUUUGCAAAAAUCAAAAUCGUUGACCAAUCAGCAAAUCAUUCAAAAAUUAAAUAGAGAAAAUGAAGGAUUUGAUACAAGUGCUAAACUUGAUAAAGCUAUAGAAUUAAUUAAAGAUAUUCAACGUGAUCAUCCAGGUGAAAAAAUCAUUGUUUUUAGUCAGUUCACAACUGUAUUUGACUUAUUAAAAAUUGUUUUGAAUCAUGAAAAGGUUCAACAUUUACGUUAUGAUGGUAGUCUUAGUAUGGAAGUUAGAAAUAAUAUUGUUAAACAAUUUUAUCAAGGUUCUUCAGAUGUUUUGUUAUUAUCCUUACGUGCUGGUAAUGUAGGUUUAACAUUAACAUGUGCUAAUCAUGUGAUCCUUAUGGAUCCAUUUUGGAAUCCGUUUGUUGAAGAGCAAGCAAUGGAUAGAGCUCAUAGAAUUGGUCAACAAAAAGAAGUCCAUGUCCAUAAGAUUUUGAUUAGAGAUACUGUCGAAGAUCGUAUUAUGACUUUGCAGCAAGCCAAGAAGGAUUUAAUCCUGGACGCCCUCAACGAGAAGGAGCUUAAGAACAUAUCAGGUCUCAAUAGAUCUGAAUUAGGCUUCCUUUUCGGCUUAAAUGCUUUAAGAAGAUAA